CUGGCGACGUCACCGGUAUUGCUGGAGAGUCAGCAGUUCGAGGAAGAACGGGAAAACUUCGGGCGGACGAGAGUUAACGGGAAUCUCGCGGCCGUGUGCGCGCCUGGUCACUGGGAUAACGGCAGUGCACCGCUUAGCCAGUUCGGCCCUGUCAUGCCGCUGCUUUUCUUGGAGCGCUUCCCCUGGCCCAGCCUACGGACCUACACGGCCCUGAGUGCAGCGCUGCUGGCCGCCAGCCUCUUCAGCGCCUACUCGCACCUCAGCCUGCCACCGGGCCAAGAGCCCAGCAUUGCCACCCAGCAGCCGCUCGACCUCGGCGCUGCCACACCAAGCGACGGCAGCAGCGGCCGGGAGAGUGGGGCAAACGUUGCUCAACACGGGCCUCUGGAUCAUGGUGAAGGCGACCUGGGAUCAACGAACCGACCUGAGUGGACCGAUGGCCACAGUCUGGCGUUGGAGAUGGCCUGGUACUUGGUGUCAGAUGGUUGGUGUGUUUGGGUGCUGGUGAAUACAGCCUGUUGUUUUCUCAUGUUGAUUGGCAAGCUGAUCCAGUAUAUGGUCUUUGGGACGCUGCGGGUCAGUGAAAGACAGCACCUGAAGGAUAAGUUUUGGAACUUCAUCUUCUACAAGUUUAUCUUCAUAUUUGGUGUGCUGAAUGUUCAAACAGUUGAGGAAGUGGUGAUGUGGUGUCUCUGGUUUGCUGUUCUUGUCUUCCUUCACCUCAUGGUCCAGCUAUGCAAAGAUCGCUUUGAAUAUUUGUCUUUCUCUCCGACUACUCCAAUGAGUAGCCACAUCCGCGUCUUGGCCCUGCUGGUUUCCAUGUUGCUGUCCUGUUGCGCUCUGGCUGUGGUUUGUGCACUGGUUGGAUAUUCACAUGGAAUGCAUACGCUGUCUUUCAUGGCAGCUGAGUGCCUUGUUGUGACCGUCCGGACAGCGCAUGUUAUUCUUAGGUACUCCAUCCAUCUCUGGGAUCUGAAUCAUGAGGGAACCUGGGAGAGUAAAGGCACCUGUGUUUAUUACACUGAUUUUGUCAUGGAGUUGAACUUGCUGUCAGUGGACCUGAUGCAUCACAUUCACAUGUUGUUGUUCGGAAAUAUAUGGUUAUCGAUGGCGAGCCUGGUGAUAUUCAUGCAGCUUCGCUACCUAUUCCAUGAAGUGCAGCGCAGGCUGAAGCGCCACAAGAACUACUUGCGUGUGGUGGGCAACAUGGAGGCAAGGUUUGCAUCUGCCACUCCUGAAGAAUUGGCUUCCAAUAAUGAUGACUGUGCCAUCUGCUGGGACUCAAUGCAGUCUGCGCGCAAACUACCGUGUGGCCACCUUUUUCACAACUCCUGUCUGCGUUCCUGGCUUGAGCAGGAUACCUCUUGUCCCACCUGCAGAAUGUCACUCAAUAUUAAUGAAGACAACCAUGCUGGCGAGCCUCGACAGCGAGACAACCUUGAUGAGAAUAUCGGGCCUGUACCAGUUGUGGAGGGCAGGCCACAUCUUAAUCAUCACAACCACUUCUUCCAUUUUGAUGGAUCUCGGAUUGCCAGUUGGCUGCCUAGUUUCUCAGUAGAAGUAAUGCACACUACAAAUAUCCUUGGCAUUGCACAGGUGAACAAUUCUCAGCUAAACGCUAUGGCUCAUCAGAUCCAAGAGAUGUUUCCCCAGGUUCCAUAUCACCUUGUCCUCCAGGAUCUACAGCUAACGCGUUCCAUAGAAAUCACCACUGAUAACAUACUGGAAGGAAGAAUUCAGGUCCCUUUUCCCCAGCAGCGCCAAGAAAGUAGACCAGCAUUGAAUGGUCCAGCUGUGGAAGAGAAUGAUGGUCAUUCAGGCGAGUCAAACAGUGAAGAACAGACUGAGCAUCCAGCCCUUGAACUCAGCCAAAGUGUGGAAGAGACAUUUGAAACUGGCGCUGAAUUUCCACAAAUUGAUGUUCCGACUGAGGACUUCGAGGCACGGGGAAGUCGCUUCUCAAAGUCGGCUGAUGAGAGACAACGAAUGUUAAUGCAGCGUAAAGAGGAACUACUGCUUCAAGCUCGGAGACGGUACGUAAAUAGGAACCAGAAUGAAGCAGAAUAUUUAUCUAGUGGGGGCAUGUCCUCUGAGCCACCUCUCAACACAGACUCUCUUACUUUGCGGCGUCGAACCUUGGCAGCUGCAGCCGAAAGACGUCUCCAGCAACGACAGGACUCCUAGUUCUGAUGAUUCAACACCAGGCACCUAGAAUCUUGACAUUUUCUGAAUCACUUGUCUGGCUCUGUUCUUGCAGCAGCAAGAGCAGGGAGAGCAGCAUCCCAAACCACUCUGCAAAGUCAUGCCAUUGAGCUGGGGAGUUAUACUAUCACAUGUACUGUGGCUGCACUAAUGGAGCCGGAUCUCAACAGUAUUUUGGGUGGGAAAUGGCAUGGAUGGUUAUUUUUUUAUACAGCCUUUGUGAAAAUAAUAAACAGCUUUUUACCUGCAAACAAAGAAAAAAUAGCUGUAAGUGUCUGGAGGCUGCUUUUAAACUUUUCAACUGCGGAACGUAUGCAGUCUGCAGGUUUGCCUAUGGUGGAUUGUGAAAGGCUGUCUGGUUCCAAAAACUCAUUGGGCACUACAGCAUUGCUCCUUGGGGCCCAUCAGCAAAAUUGUGCUGAAAAAUGACAUGUUGUGCGCCAUGGUGUUCAGCAGUCAAUUUAGUUUCUUCAUGGUUUUCCCAUCGUACAAGAAGCAUGGAACAAUUUUAUACCUACACCAUACACUCGAUCCUUUUCCUUUUCUGUCGGUCAUAUGCAAUAAUUGUCUCAUCUCUGCACGAUGCUUCCAUGCCUUUUUGGAACAAGGUUUUGAUUCUGUUUCUGAUUUUUAUUUGCGUUCUUUGUUUCAAAUGACCCCAUGUUAUCUGAAUUGUUAUUUCUGUAAUUUGAUGCAUCCCAACUGUUCAUGUCAGUAGUAUUUGUCAGAAGCUGGCUGUCUAAGGCAGUUUCAAUUCACUUGUCAUGGCUGUGGAUUGAGUAGCUUUUGAUUUCUGCUCAGUUGGUUAGUUAGAAAUGAAGUCAUAUGGAUUGGGGCAUUGUGAUGACCGGUUACAAAGAGUGUGUAAUUUUCACUAUUCCCACUAAGAAAUUAAGCCCAGGUUUGUUCUUAAUGGGUUUGAGCAACUUCAACCCACCCUUCCCAGAACUCGCUACCUUAAAAACAUGCAUGCUGCUCCCUCUACAACCACAUGCAUUCUCAUAAUUUGUCGUAAAUUAAACAUGUAAGAAGCAUAUGAAAAACAUGAAAGCCAGCAUCCUGUCCAUUAGAGAUGUAUCUGUUUCAUUGGAAAUCUAGCUGUGAUUUGUCAGAAAUGCCCUUAUGGUUUUGAAUCUUUGGGGGUGGUUGGAAGUGCUUUAUCCAGCUGUAUGGUGUUUUAUGUAGGAUCUAUGGUACUGAUCAUGUAACAGCUUGGCAACUUGAGCAUUAAUUUUAAAUAAAAUAUUGCACGUUUGCAUUCAGCUUAAUCUCUAUAAUCAGACGUGCAAAUUACAGAAUUUGCUUUUUUUUAUUCCCCACCCAUUUUUUUUAGCUAGUAUAUUUUGAAUACACUUUGAUUUUCACUCAAAUGUAUUAUCUCAAAUAAUGGGGUACUGACCUUUAAAUCCUACUAAAUAUUCCAACAUGUAGACAUUCAGAUUAAAUGACUGCCGAUUAUACACUAAAACACUUGGAGUACUGUGGUCCCUGCUUCGUUUGACUGGACACUUUACCAUGAAAUAAUCACUGCAGUUAUAAAUAAGUUGUGGCACAGCAUUUUUCCAAAAAUCUUGCUUUUUGAAACAAAUAAAAUUCCAACAUUUUCUCUUCCAUCGGAUUAACUAUGGCCAACAUUUAGAAAUUGAGUUCAACCAAAAUUAUAUGGAAUUGAGGUAAAUUUAACCAAUUUUAUUUUUGAGUACUCAAAGGAACAGUGUUCUGACCUGUUUUUCAGACCCUGCACAUGACUGUGGGUAGGUAGGGAUGGCAACUGCUUGAUGCUGAUACCGCCUUUACAUUAGCUUUGUAGAUCUAUUUUGAAGGGGAGGGGUCCUUCAAAUGUCAGUGCAAUGUGAAUGGUAUGUCUUUACUUAUAUUUUUGACUUUUUUUACUGAACUCAAACCUGAUGUAAAUUGUGGUAGGAACACUUUAUUGUGCACUUGUAAAGGAGCAGUCUCUUCGAGCCUUUUCAUAUUGUACUGAACACUCUCUCAGGGAUGAGUGAAAGUGUAAGACUUUGCAAAAGGCCUUGCUGUGAUGCUUUUCCUUUGGGAUAGUUUCAAAUAUACAGUUUGAUUUACGUAUUUUUAAGCACUAUUACCAUAUUUUUGUUUUAUGAAAUUAUUUAAAUAAAAUGCAUUUUCUGGUUUGUCCAAAA